AUGAAUACAGAUAGUCUAACAAGGAACACUUUAAACGAUCCCAUGGUACUAUCAGUGGAGCAGAGUAACGAAGCUCUACCGCCUCUUUCAAGUGCAAAGGCAGACUCCAUAACGAAUUUUUUUGAGCGGUUGAAUCAGAGUAUGAAAUCGGUUGAUCUAGGAGGCACCCCGCAAGUACGGGACAACAACGCUCCACAACUGCCUCAGUAUACGGCAGAUUACAAACCAAAAGAUUGCAUCAAUAAGAAGCAUGUCUACAGCAUCAAUGAGCUUUUAUCAAUUUCCAAGCAAAUACCCGAAGGAGCAUGUGAAGAGAUUGUCAAUUCCUUACCGAAGAAGAAGUUCUGGAGACUAAAUCGCCGAUACUCUGACCAUGGAAACCAUAGUAAAGGUCUGGGACACAGGAACGGCAGAAACGCAGGAGUGAACUCGAGGCCCAUAUCGAACGAGGAGGGCGUAUUUGAGAGGAGGAACAGCAAGAGUAAGGCUACAAGACCAAAGAGGGGCAACAAGCACGGCAAGAAUGACAAAAAUGGGUUCUUAUUGGAAGAGAAAGAUAUUGCAGUAAAUAAUGAGGAUUUAUUGGCGUUAGAGGGGGAGUUUGAGCCCACCGGCAACUCCAUGGCGGAUUUUGAAACAUGGAAGGCAAAGAUGAAGGAAAUGGAACUCAAAAAGAAAGGAUUGAUUGGUAAUGAUACAGUUAGGACGGAUCCAGUCCCAGAAGUCUCGAUGACAUCAAGCUCAAUAUCGGACUUCCUUAAGUUAAACACCAAGAAGGCUGAAUCGACGACCAGCACGUCUAAUGGUCCAAACGAUGCCAAUCCUGGGUCCGACCAAGUUGGAAUCCAAAAGCGAGAAGGUGCAAUGGAAUCAUUAGCAGGCACGUCCUCAAGAUUUUCAUCAUUUUUCAAUAACUCAGCUUCUAGCGUAUCAUUACCAUCUAAACCAGCUGAAGUGUCUAAAGAACACAGCGUGGAUAAUUCUGAGUCAACUUCAAGUGUUUCUAGCGGUUCUAGACUAAUGUCGUUUUUCAACAAAGAUCAGGAGCGCCGGGAGCAGACUCCUGUAUAUCCUAACGAACAGUCUAAAUUUAUGCCACCGCCACCUGGGCUCGCUCGUCAAGAUGAGGUCAAAGGACAGCAUACUCUACCAGCACAGUUUCCUAUGGCGCCUAUGCAGGGGGCCCGCCCACAACAAUCUCAAACUAACAACGCUUUCUUUCAGGGUUUGUUAAACAAGGGGAAGAUAAGCGAAUCCCUUGUAUCAGCUCCCCCUGGGGUACCUGUAUCUAAUAAUGCGCCCCACCUUUUAAGCCAAGGCCAGCGGCUCGGACAAGCUCCACCACGGAAUGUCGGCGUACCGCCCGGCUUCUGCAUCGGAAUGCCACCACCAGGAUUUGGACCACCAAUACAAGGAGGAUCUAUUCAUGGGCCUAGCAGGUUACCUAUGAUGACAAAUGUUCCAAAAGAGAGCGGAUCUCCUGACUCCACAAUUAAGAAGAAAAACCCUCAGCAACAACCAUUAGCACAGCGACAGGUGCCUAUGCAGCCUGGAAUGUACCAUCAAUUUGUACCAGGAAUGGCUCCCCCCGGGUUCCCUCUGAUGCAGGGCAUGCCGCAGGGUUUCAAUCCUAACAUGUUUCCUCCUUCCAAUGGGAUCAUGCCAUCCAAUGGUCAGCAGUUCUUCCCACAGCCUCCUCUACCGCCUCCUCAGGCUGCAGUUCCAUCCUACAGCUCAUUUCCCAAUCAGCCUAACGCAGCUCAAGAAGGCAAAACAAAGUAG